ACCCUCUGCCCCCAGCCCGGGGGCUGCAGCGCUCGCCGCUGCUCCCUGAGAUCACGGGAAUGCCUUCCAAGCUUCGGGAAAACCCCGCCGGCGUUCGGGGAAAGCAGCUCGGGCUUCCCAGAGAGGAUCCUCCCCGCCAGGAUUCCCGGGGCCGUGCCCGCCCCCGCCUCCUCAUCCCGUCUUUCCUGCUGCCGAGGAUGCUCUUCCCGCUGCUGGUGCUGGCGCUGGCGGGUGCCAUGGAGAUCCAGGUGCCGGAGGAGCCCGUGGUGGCCCUGUUUGGCCACGACGCCACCCUGCGCUGCUCCUUCUCGCCCGAGGCCAACUUCAGCCUGGCCGAGCUGAGCCUCAUCUGGCAGCUGACGGACACCAAGCGCCUGGUGCACGGCUUCUCCGGGGGCCGCGACCGCCUGCAGGACCAGGGCCGCGGCUACGCCAACCGCACCGCGCUCUUCUACGACCAGCUGGCCCUGGGAAACGUCUCCCUGCUGCUGCGGCGCGUGGAGAUCGCCGACGAGGGCAGCUUCACCUGCUUCGUGCGCGUGCGCGACUACAACAGCGCCGCCGUCACGCUGCAGGUGGCAGGUGAGGAGGAGGAGCAG